AUGGCGACUGUCGCAGACUCUUUCUUGGAAGACUUGGACGAGCUCAGUGGCGGCGGCGGCAGCAGCGACAGCGCUUCGGACCAGGAGGUUGAGGCAGAGGGUCGGGAUCAUGACGAGGACGAGGUCAUGGACGCAGCGGUUUCCCACAGCGACAGCAGCAAACGCGACCGUGAGGACGCAAUCGAGCAGACCAAGCCAGAAGCGAAGACUGAAGCCCUCUCCAAGUCGCUGCAUUCACGUGGCAAGAGUCGCAGUGUGGCUGCCGUCGCAUCGCUCAAGCGCUCCCACAAGUACUUGGCUCACGUGCAGCAGAUCCAGCAGUACGUGGACCUGGACGACGUUGCAGUAGCUGCUGCAAAGCUCCAGCGCCUGGAGGAAGGCAGUACCGAGUACGAUCUUGUCGUCACGUCCAAUGAUCUCAUGGUGCAGAUUGACGACGAUAUUGUGGCCGUGCACCGCUUCAUUGCGGAGAUUUAUGCAGCCAAGUUCCCGGAGCUCGACUCGCUCGUGCCGAAUGCACUCGACUAUGCGCGUGUUGUCAAAGCCGUUGGCAAUGAAAUGGAUCUGACGCUUGUGGACGAACUGCCCAAGCUGCUCCCGAGCUCAGUGGUGAUUGGGAUCUCCGUGACGGGCUCGGGAACGAGUGGCAAACCACUUGGUGUUGAAGAGCUGAAGAUCUGUAUGGAAGCUUGUGACGAACUGCUGUCGCUCGAGAAGGACAAGAAGAUGAUUCUGCGCUUUGUCGAGAGUCGCAUGAAGUAUUUGGCACCGAACGUGUCACAGCUAGUAGGCACUCGGAUUGCAGCGCAGCUCGUUGGACUGGCUGGUGGCGUCGCAGAGCUCGCCCGGAUCCCGUCGUGCAAUCUGCAAGUACUGGGACAGGAAAAGAAGGUGCUAAGUGGGUUUUCGUCGGCUGCGGCGCUGAAGCAUACAGGUGUCGUGUUUUUCACGGAUCUCGUGCAGAGCAUGCCUCCGUAUUUGCGAAUGAAGGCAUGUCGAGCUGUUGCGGGCAAGUUAGCGUUGAUGGCGCGUGUUGAUAGCCAACCACAUCAGCAUGACACGGAAGGCUUGGUGGGUGCGCGCUUUCGCACCGAGCUGGUCACGAAGAUGGAAAAGUGGCAAGAACCACAGAAGGCGAAGAUGAAAAAGGCAUUGCCGAUUCCAGACGAAAAGCCAAGCCGUAAGCGUGGUGGAAAGCGCUACCGUAAGAUGAAAGAGCGGCUGCAGAUGACCGAUGUACGGCGUGAGAUCAACCGGCAGUCAUUUGCUACGGCUGACGAGGAAUAUGGUGACAACGCCAUGGGCAUCACGUCCGGUCGGCUCGGUCAGGAAGGAUCGGGUAAGUUGCGUAUCUUGCGCAAAGAGCAGAAGCAGUCUAGCAAGAAGUUGCGUGCGGCAAGCUAUGCAGCAUCUUCUGUCAGCAGGCCACCGCUGUCUGGGCUGGCAUCGAGCCUUGCUUUCACACCGGUGCAAGGCAUUGAGCUCAUGAAUCCUGAAGCUGCGAAGGCUUGUGUCGCCGAAGCCAAUAAGAAAUACUUCUCUGCUGCUAGUGGAUUUUUCAGCGUUGUCAAGAAACCAUGA